AUGGGUCACUUUCAGGAGCUCAGUAAAUUCAAUCGUGGUACCGUAAUGGGUUGCCACCUGUGCAAUAAGUCCAUCCAUGAAAUUUCCUUGCUACUAAAUAUUCCACGGUCAACUGUGGUAAUUUAACAAAGGGGAAGCAAGUGGGAACAGCAGCAACUCAGCCACGAAGUGAGCAGGGUCAGCGCAUACUGACGCCGCCAACUGUAUGGCCCCUUAGUUCCAGUGAAGGAGGCUCUUAAGGCAUCAGCAUACCAAGAAAUUUUGGACAAUUUCAUGCUCCCAACUUUGUGGGAACAGUGUGGGGAUGGCA